CAAACGCAGUUGAUUUGUGUGAUUUUCGUGUGUUGAAGAUCAUCUUGAACUCGAUUGUUUCGAGUUUUCAAGAAGAUCGUCGCGAUGAAGGUGAAGGAGAUAUCUCGAACAGCCUGUGUGGCAUGGAGUCCUUCUUCCCAGCAUCCAGUUUAUAUUGCUGGCGCUACAGCUGCCAAUCAACUCAGCGCAAAUUUCGAUUCUGACUCUACUUUAGAGCUACUUGACUUGAGCCUUGGAGAUGGAAACCUCAACAUGCGUACAUCUGGCAAGAGUGCCAUCAAUGACCGUGUGCACAAGUUGCUCUGGGCAGAGUUUUCCAGUAGCAGUGACUCUCUUGGUCUCCUGGUCGGUGGCUGUGACAAUGGAGUUGUGAACUUGUGGAGUCCCAGUGCAGUCUUGAGCAAUGGAGACAGCCCUCGUUUGCAGUCUCUUGCCAAGCACACCGGAGCAGUGCGUACUAUGGAUGUCAACCCCUUUCAGAGUAAUUUAUUGGUGUCUGGUGGCAGUGCAUCAGAAGUCUAUAUUACUGACUUGAAUGAUGCUGAGAAGACUAUGUACCCGGGUGCUAAACAGCAGCCUACUGAAGAUGUCUGCUGUGUCCGCUGGAAUCGCCAGGUUCAACACAUCCUGGCUUCAGUAUGUCCAAGUGGCCGUGCCGUCAUCUGGGAUCUGCGCAAGCAGGGGCCUAUCAUCAAUGUCUCAGACCACUCAACACAGGUACGCCUCUCAAGCAUGGCAUGGCAUCCAUCCGUACCAACGCAGAUUGUCACAUCAUCAGAGGAUGACCGCCAUCCUAUUCUCCAGAUGUGGGAUUUACGCUAUGCCACAUCUCCUAUGAAGGUCCUGCAUGAACAUCAAAGGGGUGUACUUGGAGUAUCUUGGUGUCCACAUGAUCCUGACCUGUUGAUGAGUUGGGGAAAGGACUGUCGGAUACUGUGCUGGAAUCCGAACAGUGAAAACGCCAGUGGCGAGGUGGUGUGUGAGCUGCCAGCAUCCAGUCAAUGGACAUUUGACGUCCAGUGGUGUCCUCGCAAUCCGGCAUUAGUCUCCGUGUCGUCAUUUGAUAACCAGCUCAAGGUCUACUCCGUCCUUGGUGGUAGCGCUGAGCAGACCACGGAUGAUUUCCUUGGAACACAGACCACGGCAAUGGAUGGCUUGAAGUAUGCACCCAAAUGGCUUCGGCCUCCUGUUGGAGCACGUUUUAGCUCUGGGGGACAACUGGUAUCAUUCGGCUGUUCAGCCACCGUGCCCCGUGUUGUCAAGAUCAGCCAGGUUGUGACAGAGCCGGAGGUACUGAAGAGAGCCAACGAACUGGAAAGUGCCCUGAGUGAUAAGACGCUCAAGGAUUUCUGUGCAGGCAAGCUGCAAAAUGCUGCGGACGAUAAGGAGCGCAGCAUGUGGCAAUUUUUGCAGGGUAACUUUGAAGCUGAAACUCGUCGCCACUAUCUACAUCUGCUGGGUUUCACUGCGGAGUCGCUGGAGGAGCAGAUCAAACAGGUAUCCACCGCCUCGUCCAGUGUUGAGCAUGCUGAAACUGAGCAGCAACAACAGCAGCAAGGAGUAGCUGAUGAAGACUUACCUAACUUUUCUUCGCUUCAAGUUUCACAGCCAGUGGAAGUAGCUUCAGGUCGCUGCUCUCCCGUUGUUUCAGGUCGUGUCUCCCCCAUUCAAGUGCCAGAGGAUGACAGUGUGGAUGGUGUCAUUUCCAAAGCAUUGCUGCUGGGUAAUUUUGAAGCAGCUGUGAAGCUGUGUAUUCGGAACAACAGAAUGACGGAUGCUAUGGUACUUGCUGUGGCUGGCGGUGCUGAUCUUCUGGCAUGCACACAACAAUAUUACCUGAAGCGGCAAACUUCUCAUUUGUCAAAGCUGAUGACCGCUGUAGUGAUGCGUGAUCUCAAUGGGUUGGUGUUGCGUGGCAAGUUGUCUAACUGGCCUCAGUUGCUUGCCGCUCUGAUCACCUAUGCGCCUGCUGACCAGUUUGCUUCCCUGUGCGAACGGCUGGGCCGUCGUCUAGAGGAGGAAGAAGAUGGUGUAUUCCGGGAUGAAGCUUGUCUGUGUUAUAUCUGCAGUGGCAGCUUGGAACGACUUGUGCAGUACUGGAUUAAUCAGCCAUCCUCCUCCUCUAAUGCAUUGGCACUGCAGGAUUUGGUAGAGAAAAUCAUCGUCCUGCGUGAAGCAUUAGGCAAUUCAUCUGUCUCCCUCCCAGCUGCUGUCACUGAGAAAAUCAAGGCCUAUGCUGACCUGUUAAUCUCCCAGGGUGCACAUCAAACAGCCGCUUACUAUCUGCAGCGUGCUGGUGUUGAUGAGUUGCCUCCCCAGUUACAAGCACCACCAGCAGCACCUGCACAAGCAACUCCAGCAGCCAUGCAACAGCCCCACUCACCGAUGGCAUCAUCACAGCAGCGCUACAUGCAGCCUGUACAACCACCCGCACAACUCAUGCAGCCACCCCCGCAACAUACGCAGCCACCCCCGCAACAUACGCAGCCACCCCCGCAACAUACGCAGCCACCCCCGCAGCAUACGCAGCCACCCCCUCAGCACACACAAACACACAUGCAACACCCACAGCCAACUAUGCAACCUGUGCAGCCACCCGCGCAGCAUACGCAGCCACCCCCUCAGCACACACAAACACACAUGCAACACCCACAGCCAACUAUGCAACCUGUGCAGCCACCCGCGCAAAUCAUGCAACCUCCGCCACAGCACACACAACCACCAUCGCAGCACACUCAACAUCCUCUGCCGCAGCAGCCAGCAGCUGUCGUCCAACCUGGACUGCAGCCAAUGCAACCAGCGCAACACCAGGCACAGCCACCACCGCAGACACUCACUCGACCCGCAAGUGAAAGGAAACCUGACAAGCCGUGGAAUGACCCGGACUGGGCACGUAAAGCGGAAUCCUAUGAUCCUGACAACUACUCAUCAAUGGUGAGGACGUUUGAUGAGAUCCUAGCACGUUGCCAGCAAGUAGCAACUAAUGCACUGGCCAAGCGUAAAGUUGAUGAUGUAAGCAAGCGUCUUGAUGUCUUGAAAGAAACGCUGAAGGCUGCAAUGAUCCCGACUGAAACCUUGACCGGUUUAACGACAAUUGCAGACUUGGCUGCUAGUCGUAACUACGCCGCUGCACUGGACAAGUACAGUGUGUUAGUGUCUGGCGGUAACUUCUCACAGAUCAGUGGCUACAUGACAGGCCUGAAGACGCUGUUUCAGCUUGCACAACAGCUACGUGUGUAGCUGCCCGCGUCCCUGUCUCCGUCCCUUCUCGACCGGUCCUAGUAUCGCUAUUGUCAUCUUGUGCCGCCCUUGUAUGCCCCCCUGCUACCUGUUUAUGCUGUUGCUAUCUGCUCCUUAUUCUCUAUUUUUACGGAUUAAUUUUGUAUUCUGCUGUACAUGUCAUUUGCAUUCUAACGCUAUCUAUUAUUUUCCGGCUUUGCGUGCAAUUCUAUUUGAAGUAGCACGCACAUUUGCACUGUACAGUAUUCACUAAUAAUUAUUCAACAAAGACACUGUGGGUACGAAUGCAGCCACAACUGGUGUGAAUAAGUUUUGUUCAUGCCAGUUCUAAGUUCGUCAUGCCAGUUGUUGCUGCAUUCGUGCCCACAAUAUCUUCGAUGGAUGCCGUGGUAAUUUCUUCAGGCUAAGUUCCGAGUUCGAGACAGAGGGUCACAGCGACAGUCGUAUAUUGAGCCGUGCGCCAUGCAAUGCAACAUAGCUACAACGUUGAAGUACAUGUACUUGUAGUUAUUUCUGGGAAUUCGUCAAAUAUAUUUUUAUAGUGGUACUAGAUUAUUACCAACUCCCUGGUUGGCAAGGAUGUAGCAAGUCGUAUACAGCGCCUAUCGGCUAUGCGUACUGAGCUCAUUUUUGCUACAGCAUCAUGUACUGUCCCUAGCCAAUGUUCUCUAGUCUACAUACAGUGUUUGCAUGUGUAGAUGAUAGGAAGAUUCAAUUCUUUUCAUUGAUGAUUGUACAUGUAUGAGUACUGCACCCAAGAGUGGGCCUUAUCAGGCUUAUCAAGAGUACUCUUGUGCUCAUGUGUGCCAUCUACAAAUUACAAUGACAAUGUACAAUGUAGUAAGACUUAGUAGACUCUUGGACUUUA